UCUAAAACGUUCCCAUUGAGAGGCGGUACCCGUCCUGACGCAGGAGGCAAGAUGGCGGAUGAGGAGAAGCUCCCACCAGGGUGGGAAAAACGAAUGAGUCGCAGCUCAGGGCGUGUUUAUUAUUUCAACCACAUGACUAAUGCUAGCCAAUGGGAACGGCCUAGCUGUGGUGGGAAAAAUGGACAAGGAGAGACAUCAAAAGUUCGGUGUUCUCAUCUGCUUGUGAAGCAUAGUCAAUCGAGGCGCCCCUCAUCCUGGAGACAGGAGAAAAUAACACGCAGCAAGGAUGAGGCACUAGAACUCAUUAAUGGUUACAUUCAAAAGAUCAAAUCUGGGGAUGAAGAUUUUGAAGCAUUAGCCUCUCAGUUCAGUGAUUGCAGUUCUGCAAAGGCUGGAGGUGAUCUGGGCAGCUUUGGAAAAGGUGACAUGCAAAAACCCUUUGAGGAUGCAUCUUUUGCCCUGCGUCCUGGAGAAAUGAGUGGCCCCGUAUUCACAGAUUCUGGCAUCCACAUUAUACUUCGUACAGAGUGAAUUAUUUUUCCUAGUGUUUUCCCCAACACCUCUUUUAAAGGAGGUGGCAAAGGGAAUGGAGUAGAGUUUAGGAAGGAGGAGAGCUGGGUUGGGGUAGAUUAAGCAGUAAAAUACACUUGGUAAUGAUUUUGGUCCACAUUACGGAGUUUUGCAGUGUUAUGUACAAUGAGUUAAAUCAUUCAUUGACAUACCACACAUAAUCAACACAAACCACUUCUGACUGCAGCAGGGAUGUGAGUGAAAUGGACAAGUUUGUUUUAAUUAUUAGGAUUUUGUCAAACUCCCUCAUUGUCUGAAAGUUGACUAGAGUUCACUUCCGCCUACACCACCAGUUUACUAUUGUUAAUCUUUUUAGUUUACCUGGUAUAGCACGAGAUGCCAUAUUCCAGGUCCUCUGGCAUGGCUUUUAAAUACAUGAUAAUAAGCACCAGUGAUAGUGAUUGAACUCGUUAUAAGCAGUCAUUGCAAUAAAAAAUGGUGUUCCCAAGAGGAACUGCAUCUUUUAUUUUGCAUGCUAAGGAAAACUGUAAUUAAAGCAGAUGGACAAUGCAGGGCUCUGAGUUCACUGCCUUUCACAGAUUCUUUGUGAAACUAAAUAAAAUAUUGCUGUUUUGUAUACAUAUACAAUUAAUUUACCAAUACAUGGGGAUUUCUAUGAGGUCUGAACUGACUCUGGCCUCUCAAACUAAUUAUGUUAGUCUUAUAUCCUAGAAAAGUUUUUUUUUUUUUAUAUUGUGGUUGUUUUUUAUAAAAUUAUCAUUUUGAAAUCUUAAUCCUUCCUGUUUUUGGGCAAGUGGCAGGCUUGAAAGAGUAUUUUCUAGAUUAAUACAAUGUUUCAUUUUAUUUUUAAUGGAACUUCACUCUCCAUAAAUAAAUUAACCUCUGAGGCUAGCUAAACACGUGUAUGUAAUUUGGCCCUGUUUCACGGAGCUGUCCUGUUGGUUUUUUUUUUUUGUGAUUAUGAAACACAGAUCUAACUAUUUUAAUGACCAAGGAUCCAUUAAUUGGCUCCCUUCCUUUGCAUUUUGUCAAGUGAGAUAUUCCAGAUCUACUCUUCCACAGACUAAGGUGAACAUAUACACAGGUAAAACAGAAGCAAUUCAUACACUGCUCUUUGACGGAAAAAAGGUAGCCAUUUACUAAGUACUGCAUUGUGCUCACAUCAACAUUUUCGGUCAACAUAGCAAAUUUGCAAAACAAUGUUGGCACAAAACCGAGUUGCCAUAAGCAAUUUUAUACUCUUAAAUUAGAAGAACUCUAAUAACUGACCGGAAAUGGUAUCUAUUUUCCUCUCCUUCUAGGUAUUAUUCAUCUCACAUUUUUCUUUGUGCUAUUGGAAAGUUUUUAAUUAUUUUUUAUGACCUCCUGGUGACAUGAACCUGUAGCUUGUUUUCAAAGCUUUCAGUUAGAAAAAUAGUCUGAUACAGUUUUCAUGUCACAUUGUGCUAAUUAAGGCAGCAGAAAAAAAAAGUUUCUUCCAUUUCAAUCAA